UAUUGUGGUUACUGACUUAAUUUUCCUUUAAUGUAGCAUUUAGAUGCAGCAUUCCAUCUCAUGAGGAGGCGUCUAGAAUUUUAUCCUAACGUGUACCCUCAGAAAUGUGUUGUUAUGCCUACAAUUUUUCCCGAAUCAUUGAAGGGUCGGUGGGACGCUUUUCCAGGUUCUGACUACUCUAGAUUUAGUUGGGAUGACAGUAUAUUGGACCUGGUUAGGGGUGAUGCAGUCCAGUUCUUACCGAGUUGGCAGAACAAGGAGUUCAUUUAUUUUGCCCUCUUCUUGAAAGACCAAAUGCAUUGGGUAGCUGUAGAGGCAGACCUGAAUGGGUGGAUGCUCAACAUCUUUGACUCCAGUAUUGGAUCAAUUUCCGAAAACGAUUUGAUCAGCUUGAUGGUUGACUGGUGUACCAUUUUCCCGUCGGUCUUGCGACAGUCCGGUUUAUUUGAGAACCAUGACGUUAUACUCGCGCCUCAGUUGACAGCAUCAGAGAGUCAGGUCAGACCCUUCGAUUGGAAACUCAUUCCACGUGAAUUCGUACCGCAAACAAAAUCCAGUGGCGAUUGCGGAUGUUACGUAAUUGGGCAUAUUGAACAUAAGCUUCUACAACUACCAUUUGAUAAUGUAACUGACAAUAAUAUGAAACUUUUUAGGCAAAGGUGGUGUGUAGACUUAUUCUACCAAAACUUAUGUUGAACGGUCUUAAUUUUUUUGAAUUGUAUAAUUUUUUUGAUUGCUCUUUUUGUAAUUACUACAUUUUAAUGUGCUUAAUCUUUGCAUCGUACUAUCAUCGAUCACUAUCGUACUCUAUCGUACCCUCACUUGCCUCACAAAUUUCACGAACAGUCCUGAAACCAUACCAUCGUACCAUUAUCGGACCAAUAUCGUACAUUAUCGUACCCUAAUGUCGUACAUUAACUAUCGUACUACAUCGAGCAACGUCGUACCAUAUUGUAAGAUACAUUUAAAUAAUCCUACAACAAACAAUAUCGUGCAUUGUCGUACCGGCAUCGUGCACUAUCGAACCAACACUGGAUUAUUACAUAUUUAAGAGUUUCAUAAUGGAGAAAAAAACAGAAAAAAACCUGCAAAAUCCAGCACAUAACAAAUAUUACUAGUUCAAGCAGAAAUAAAACAUAAUAGGUCAACUAGAAUACAAACAAAACAAGUUAACCUCGGUACUUGCAAGACGCUUUGUUGUGCCCUUUACCACCACACUUGCUACAACAUCGUUGUAUCACAACCUUGUCUCCAUUAGAAGGAUAUCGAUUUUUCCUAAUUCGUCCGACCUUUUGCUUCUUCGGUCGGCCUACAGGUUUCUUCUCAAUCGGUACUCCAACUUGGAUGUCCUUAAUGUCUUCAGGAAAUUCCCAAUCAUCCUCAUCACCAACUGGCAUAAUUGUCCCCUCAUAUGUGCUCUUCCAACUCUCUCUUGUGUAAUAUUGAGAGCACAAUGCGUACAUGCUAAUAUUUCGUUCUUGAGCAGCAGCACAUGCAUGUGGACAAGGAAUCUUCAUGAUUUGGAAUAGGCCGCAACUGCAUUGUCGUGCCUCCAAAUCAACUAUACCACCGCUCUGAACUGUUCCUCCGGGGUGGACAUUAAAUGUA